AUGGAUUGUUACAAUUUCAAUCGUACGUGCCAGUUUCCCACUCCAGAAAUUAUAUUACGCAGUACUCUUACAAACCAUGAAGACUGCUCGCAACUUUCCCAGCCUAUCGCCAAUGCCAUUCAGUCCCAGAUCCUCCAUUCACCAGAAGCCUCCAUUAAGUGCAAGGCGCAUGCCAAACGAUGGUAUGAUGGCGGUCAGUUUAUUCAACAGGGCUUGUGCUUCGCUAAGGUCUUCAAAGAUGAGGGCGAUGUCAUCUGCGUACUCCAGAUCGACAAGGCUCUCGCUAGCAACAAUUUGGACACCGGGGUUUUGAAAGCCAUCCAGUGUUCGCUUUAUUAUUUCAUCGAUGACGAAGUUGAACAAGAAUUGGGAUAG